UAUUUUUCUUUCUUUCCUUUUUUCGUGUCCUUUAUAUCAUGUCUGUACAGUUGGACUAUAAACGUUUUCAUAGAAGAGCACGUUACUUGAUUGCCAAGUGGAAGAAUGAUCCCGAAGCAUUUCAAAAUGCAGAAGCCAUUGCUGUUAUUGUAGGUGACGAUGAAUACGAAAAUCCUUAUAUGAAAUCCCUUGCUAUUCAGACGUGGUUGAUCGGUAUGCCUUUAUAUUCUUCCAUGAUUGUGAUCACACCUGAUAAAAUCACUUUUGUCUGUGGUCAAAAGAAAGCAGAUAUCAUGGAAACAUUGAAACAAGGCGAUAAACAAAUUCCCAUUGACAUCAUUCGUCGAGGCAAAGAUGUAGAAGAGAAUGUACCCUUGUACCAAUCUGUGGUGGAAGCACUCAACAAUAAACGUGUGGGUGUGUUUGUCAAAGAUAAAUUCAAAGGCAAAAAUAUCAAUGAAUGGCAAAAAGCAACUACAAAAUACAACAAGAACUAUGAAGAAGUGGAUGUCUCUGCUGGUAUUUCUGCUUGUUUAGCUGAAAAAGACGAAGAAGAAGUGAGACAUGUCAAAACAGCAGCCAAAAUCAGUGCCAAUAUGAUGCAAUACUACUUUACGACAGAAAUGUCAACAUUGAUUGAUGAAGAAAAACCCAUCACGAAUGAAAAACUGAGUGAAAUGACAGAAAAUGCAUUAGACGAUCCCAAACUUGAAAAACGUCUUCGUCUACCUCCUGAAGUCCAGGACAAGAACGAGAUUGAUUGGUGUUAUUCACCCAUUGUCCAGAGUGGCGGUAAAUUCGAUUUACGUUCGUCUGCCUCUUCCAAUAACGAUAAAUUGUUUCCGGGUGCUAUUAUCUGCAGUUUAGGUAUUCGUUACAAGUUCUAUUGCUCCAAUAUCGGUCGUACCUUCUUGAUUGAUCCUAGUAAGACGCAAGAAAAGAAUUAUGAAUUCUUGAUGGAAGUGCAAGACCGUGUACUCAACAGUAUUCGUGAAGGAGUCAAGAUGCGCGAAGUCUAUCAAAAGGCUAUCAGUUUUAUCAAAUCCAAACGACCUGAUUUAGAAUCCCAUUUCAUCAAAAACGUCGGGUUUGGUAUGGGCAUUGAGUUUCGUGAGGCAAAUUAUGUCUUGAGUGGUAAAAAUGCGCGUGAACUCAAGAACGGCAUGAUUCUGAAUGUUCAAGUGGGAUUUGCAGAUCUGGAAAACCCCAAGGCCACAGAUCCUCGAGGCAAGACCUAUGCGCUCAUGUUGGUCGAUACUGUGCGUGUCACACAAGAUGUGCCUAUUGUCUUGACAGCCGACUGCAGCAAGAAACUCAACAAGAUUUCUUAUUUCUUUGACGACGAAGAAGACAAGAUGGACGUAGACACACCUGAAAAGAAAGCACCUCCUCCUACAGCUGCACCUGCCAAACGUGAAUCUUCGGUUGCCAAAACCGCUAUUUUGCGCAGUAAGCUCAGAAAUGAAGAUCAAGAAGAAGAAUCACGUGAACAACGACGUCGUGAACAUCAGAAACAACUGUUUGCUCAAAAACUCGCAGAAGGUCUCGCCAAGUUUUCAGAGAGUUCAGGCAACGGGAACGGUGAAGAAAAGCCUGUGUUUCGCAAAUUUGAAAGCUAUCGAUCGGAAGCCAAGUUGCCUCGUGAGGUACGUGGAUUGAAGAUUGUGAUUGACAAGAAGCAUGAUUCGAUCAUCUUGCCCAUCUAUGGUAUGGCUGUUCCUUUCCAUAUUUCUACCUUAAAAAAUGCCAGUAAGAGCGAUGAAGGGGACUAUGUCAUGCUUCGUCUUAACUUUUUGACACCUGGUCAAGCAGGUGGUAAGCGAGAAGAUAUGCCAUUUGAUGAUGCCAAUGCGACCUUUGUCCGUUCAUUGACAUUCCGUAGUGCUGAUACGUAUCGUAUGGGUGAAAUUUACCGUGGUAUCACAGACAUGAAGAAGGAAGCCACGAAAAAGGAAGCUGAGCGUCGUGAAAUGGCGGAUGUGGUUGAACAGGAUAAUUUAGUGAUGGUCAAGGGUCGUCGUCCUCAUCGUCUUUCUGAUGUCUAUGUGCGUCCUCAGACAGAAUCAAAGCGUUUGCCUGGUGAACUCGAAAUUCAUCAAAACGGUCUUCGUUAUCAAUCCAUUCGCUCCGAUUCUUCCUUUAAUGUGUUGUUUAGUAAUGUCAAGCAUUUGUUCUUUCAACCCUGUGACAAUGAACUCUUGGUCUUGAUCCAUAUCCAUUUCAAAAACCCCAUCCUGAUUGGUAAAAAGAAGACUAAGGACAUUCAAUUCUAUCGUGAAGCCUCUGAUAUCCAGUUUGAUGAAACGGGUAACAAGCGUCGUAAUCGCCACUUGUAUGGUGAUGAAGAUGAGUUAGAGAUGGAACAAGAAGAACGUCGUCGCCGUGCUAACCUGAACAAGGAGUUUAAACAGUUUGCAGAAAAGAUUGCUGAAGCCAGUGAUGGUCGUGUGGAACUCGAUGUGCCUUUCCGUGAACUCGGAUUCCAAGGUGUACCUAAUCGAUCCAAUGUGUUGUUGCAACCUACCACUGACUGUCUUGUCCAUCUAUCAGAUCCUCCCUUCUUGUGUAUCACACUGAAUGAAGUCGAACUGGCUCAUCUGGAACGUGUUCAGUUUGGUCUUAAGAAUUUUGAUAUGGUAUUUGUGUUUAAAGACUAUCAUCGCCCACCUGUGCAUAUCAACACGAUUCCCAUGUCACAACUCGACAAUGUCAAGGACUGGCUUGAUUCUGUUGAAGUUGCAUUUACAGAAGGUCCUGUCAACCUGAAUUGGAGUAUGAUCAUGAAGACAGUGAAUGAAGACACAGGUGAAUUCUUCCGUAAUGAAGGUUGGGAUUUCCUUCGUCCAAAGAGUGAUGAAGAAAAUUCAGAUGUCUCUGAAAGUGGUAGUGAGUUUGAAUUAAGUGAUGAUGGAUUUGAAGAGAGUUCUUCCGAUGAUGAUGAUAGUGAAGCGAACUCCAACGCCUCUGAUGAAUCAGAAGAAGAAGAAGAAAUGACAGAUUCAGGUGAGGAUUGGGACGAAUUAGAAGAGAAUGCACGUAAAGCUGAUGAACGUAAAAUGAAGCGAAGUGCAGAUUAUGAUGAUGAUGCACCUAGUCGAAAAAAGAGAAAAUAAAUCAUACACAAAACCCAAUAAAAAUUGUUUUUUUUCUUCAUUUUA